AUGACUGAGAACAACAUGUACCGCGGCGGUUGCAUGGUGUUGCUUCAGGCACUUCUUACGCAGGCCUGUCGCACUAUUUUUGCAUUUUGUGUUGCCGCCAACAACGGCGUCUCCAGCAAUUUACGUCUGGCUGCCAUGGCAAGUUCGUAUGUGGUGGCCUCGGAGGCGGCAUCGCUUAUUGAAAACAUGGGCAAACAUGUGCUGCUGACGGCGGUGCACCUUCUUUGUUGUGGAAGUCAACCACAUAGAGCCUGUCAGCAUUCCCAUGGAGAGUUCGCCGCCGCCGUUGGAGCUGUUCUACAAGAGGAUUCCCUGCGUUCGAGUAUUCUCGUCGAGUUGACGAAGUUCAUUACGCUGAAAUGGAAAGGGGACGGGGAUGCAAUUGGUCCCUUGCUUCGGCGUGCCUUGUCAGCUGGCCCCGUAGAGUGUCUCGCGACUCCCUCUGCUUCCGAGUCAACCAACGCUCCCUUGACGCUUCUACUGCAGGUGUUUCCCGAGUUAGCGAGGAGGGGGACCUCAGCCGAUGUCACAUGUGGCUGCCCCCAUCAAUGGUUCAGAGAGACUUUGCCGCUUGCUUUGUUGACUCUGUCGAUGGAGCAACAUGCCCGGACGUGGCGGCGAACGUCACUUCUACUCACGGCAUUUGUACGCUGGCAGCAGCGUCAUGGUAUGUGCUUGCUGCGAUGCCUGGCUGCCGACACCACGUCGCCCCCUAAAGAGAGUGCCACACAAGCCCCAAGCACGGUUGCUAGUGAACACGCAGAAUGUCCCACGCCCCUGCAGGCGCGAGAGGCGGCAUUGAAACAAACCCCAACACGUGGUCCUAGAAGCAAGAAAAAUGCCAAGCUCAACAGGAGCACCAGCACCAGCACCAGCAGCCUUGCCUUGCCUCAGGCCUCUGCAAAAGUUUCCGAAGGAAAAAAUACAAUAUCGCAGGCGGCAGUGCCACGCAUCGAGGCUUCUGCAGACAAAGUGGAGUUUGAUGCUGCGACAAUCACUGAUUUGCAUGGCAGUGCCAAAUUACUCAGAUCUUUGCUGUUAGAAUGUGACAAGUUGACUUCGUUGCGUCUUAAGCGCCUAUCUUUUCACAUCUGGCGCGAUGUUCGCCUUGUGGAGCGUCGUGGCCUCAAACGCAUUAUUGCCCAAUUUAUGUGGCGAGACAAACAAUUCUGUUGGAUGCAGUGGAGGCAUAGAAUGGAGCGUCGUCGCCUCGCCAUAAGGCAAAAAUGUGCCGCAGGGCAGUGUCGCAGCCUCAUUGAAACAAAAACCGAACGCCUCCGGCAACAGGCCUGGACGUGCUGGAGGACAUCCUUCUUGGUGAGACGGUUUCGCACGCAUACAUGUGGACGUCGUUUAUUUGCUGCUUGGCGUCGUUCUUGCAUCUAUGUUAUUCACGCGCGGGGAAAAGUUAUGCCGCUGAUUGCAGAGCGUGCCCUUGCAGCGCGGUGUCUGGAGCGCUGGCGCGAACUGCACCGCGGCCAUGUGGCAGAUCGUAUGCUAUUGCGGCGCUCUUUUCUGCGCAUUACAAGUCAUCUUAGAAGUCGAUUGGAGGGUCUGCAGCUCGGUGAGAUUGCCAAGGCGCAUGCAAAACGAUAUCUGCAACAAUAUUGCCUGAAGACAUGGUGCAAAAUGUAUCGACUUCUUAUUUUGUGUUCGCAAUUUACCCAAGCAUGGGGGCGCCGCCUCCUUUACCAUGCCUUAUUAAAGUGGCGUAUUCGAUGGGUACGAAGCUCAGGCGGAAGUGAUCGCAUGCGAACGUUUCUUGCGAUGAGACAGCAGCGCCUCAUUGUGUACACGUUUACCGAUUGGAAGCGUAGGACACACCUGAGGCGGCUUCACCAUCUGCUGCUUUCCCACCGGUCGCAAAGGGUGUGUCACGUAAUGUGGGACCGAUGGGUUCAACGCGUAAUGCUUCGUCAAAGAAUAGGGCGAGAUCGUGCUGCUUUGGCGGUAUUCAUGUAUCAGCGUUUUCUAGUAUUUGGUACAUGGCGCCUGUGGCGAUGGCGUUGGGCGCGACGUGAGGAGAAUCGCUGCGCCAUGGAAGAGACCGCCUUGAUGAUGCAUGCAAAAAGCAUACAUGAAAAGCAGCUGCUGGCGUCGGCGUGGUAUACGUGGAAGGGGAAGACCCACUUGACGCGGCAGCGACACCCUGUUGGAGUUGUUUUCCCUUUUACAUCGAACACCUAUCUUGGUGUCAAUCGUAGCUUUCCUCGAGCUACCGCGUCGACGGCCAGUUCUCCAUCUCGCCGUGCAGGGGUUUCACUGGGUCUUUCCGUCUCCUUUGCGGAACGGCGACUCAGCCCUCCGCGAAGGGACCCCUUAGCCUCACUGCGGGCGGAACGAGCCUUGUUGCGGGGUAUUGACUCCCCGCGGUGGCAGUUGCUGGCCCACUCGCGCCUGUUUGAAGCCGGCCGCAGCAAAGGCAGUAGCCGGACUUGCCCGGAGCCCUCGAGACAAAGUAGAGAAGAAGCGACGACUAUCAUUAUGAUGCCAUCGGACGUCGAGGACGACAACUCUCCGUCCGCCGACAACAGCCACAUAUUGCCGUAA